AUGGAGAAACAAGUCCUUCAAGAAAAAUUCAUCACCAAAGAACCACAAGCUUCCUUAGGCACCCUGGGAAUUCUCUGGGCAGCCCUCAGAAUAGGUACUAGAAAUGGGAAGCUUUUGGUCUCAAUCAUGAUCUAUGUUUCCAUUUCUUUCUCUCUGUUGACAAUUGUUCGCCACCUAGCUUUGACACCCAUACUUACAGAUUUAUCUUCUAAGUUGACAAGUCUGGAUCACAUGACACGCGGUAUCAUUGAGACUGAUGAAACCUUAAACAGAGGAAUUAUCAAAGAUGUCGUCCUUUUACUGUUACUGCAAUCAGUAAUAUUGGUCUUUUCUUGUUCCAUUUUAGUUUUUUCCUCAGUUGCUACAAUUUCCUCCACCUAUGAAGCCUACACCGCAAAAGUUCUAACACUGAAAGAUACGUUUCUAAUGAUUAGAGGAAGGUGGACAAGGCCAAUAAUCACUAGCUUUUACGCGACUUUAUUAAGUUUUUCCAUGAUAACUCUUUUCUCAAUCCUUGUCGGAGUAUUUUCAGUGAUUUCUUAUGUGUUUUCACUGAUUCUUCUGAAUCGUGUCGUGGCCAUUUUCGAGGUAGCCUGUUAUAUUUAUUUGGCUGCCGUUUUCAUGUUCUGUGUAGUGGUUUCCAUUGUGGAAGCCGAUUCGGGUGGACUAAAAGCCAUUCACAGAGCUAGAGAACUGAUGAAAGGAAAAACCCUCAAGGGUUCUGUUCUGAUGCUGAUUUUUCUUCUUGCUAGUGGCACUGUCUCUAUAAUUUCUCUAGUCCUGAUGAGGAAGAGAGAGAAACAAGGUUGGGUGAGGUUGGCCAUCCAGAUCAGUGGUGUCUGGGCACUUUGCCUGGCGAAAAUCUCCAUGUUUGUGGUGUUCACAUCUUCUACCAUGAAUGUAGAAAGAGCCAUGAGGAGGUUGGGGUGGAAGGAGAAGAAGGUCUCUAUGUUGCCAUUCAUUCUGGUGAAGCUUAGUUAA